AUGUUAAAUGGUACUAAUUUUAAGGCAUGGAAAGAGAACAUUAUGAUAGUUCUCGAUUACAUGGAUCUAGACAUUGCAUUAAGAAAAGAUCAUCUUGUAAUCUCUCAUGAGGAUAAGAGAGAUAUAGAUAAGUGGGACCGAUCAAAUCACAUGAGUUUUAUGAUAAAAAAGCAUGACAUUCUAGAAACCUUUAAGGGCACUUUGUUUGAAGAGGCACUACAACAAAAAAAAUCUUUGAAGAACUUGAGAAAAAGUUUGCUAAGAAUGAUAAAGUCGAAACAAGUACGGUCUUAGCAAAAUUUAUCUCUAUGAAGUAUAAAGGUAAGAAAAAUAUAAGGGAGUACAUUCUCGAGAUGUCUCAUCUUGCAUCAAAACUAAAGGCACUGAAGUUAAAGUUAUCAGAAGAUUUACUCGUACACUUAGUUUUUAUUUCUCUUCCUGUACAAUUCAAUCAAUUUAAGGUGAACUAUAAUUGUCAAAUGGACAAAUGGUCCAUAAAUGAGCUCAUAUCACAUUGUGUGCAAAAAGAAGAAAAGUUGAAGCAAGAUAAACAUGAGAGUGCUCAUUUGACCAUGACCUCUAAGAACAAAAUCAAGAAAAUAUUUAUGAUCAAUGAAGCUGUAGGUGGACCACCACUAAAGAAAUAA